CGUUCUAGGCCGCUCUUUCUCUCGCGUAGACAUCCUGUCCUUUCGUGAAAAGAGGAGCGAGCGAGCGAAGACUAUCAAAGUCUCAUAAAACUGUCAGCCGCGACCACCGGGCUGACUUAUGUGCGCCCCUUCCUUAGUCGCGGUUGGAGAACCACACGCUUCCAGAUUGGAUCUGUGCCUGUCGCGCGACGAUCACGAUUCCAUAGCGAAGCUUUUAACGAAAGAUCAGACGCACGAUCUCCGCGGUCUCAGAAAGAGACAGUCUACGGAAGUGAAUGCUCUACUUGCUCGCUCAUAUCCCCGACUCGCGAUCCCGCGAGUUACGAUAUGCGGCAAUUCGCACUUUUAAGAUUUGCAUACUAUUCCUCUAUCCCCUGAUCGAAUAGAGAUACGGUACGUAUGAUCGAGCUAAGAUGGAUUCACGAGGAUGAAGUCGAUGGCGGUACGGCGAUAAAUUAAACGGGUGAAUAGUUUUCGGUCGAUCGGUAAAGAACAAUCGCGCUUUCGUGUGUGCCACCCCUUUUCUUUUUCAUCUGUCUUCACCGCGAGGCUAUACAGUAGGGGGCGCGUGCGCGCGUAGCCCCCCUCGCAGAGCGGACGCAAGACUGCUUCUUGGUGACGUCGCGGCUAGAAGGCUGCAGAGGAGAACGAGAGAGCGAUCGAGAUACUUCUCCCCCACCAGCGGUUUUCAGAACUCCCGAAUAUCUCUCCAUUAGCCCCCCUGACGGUGCUAUCCCCUCUCCUUGACCCCUCUCUCGCCCUCUUUCUCUCUCUUACGCACACCCCUCUCAUCGGUUCCUGUCACGUCGGGUAGCAGCCAGGCAACACCACCACACGACGAGCGCCAGCGGCAGCGGAGACUCGACGGAGACGCAAGGAACGGGGUUGAAGAAUCGUACGCCGACGGAAAGACCAAUCAAGGUUUGACGAACGGCAGGGAUUGGUCGAGGCGCUCCUCUGACACGCAGAGAGCGCGGGCACGUGACAAGCUACCGCACACACCGGUCUUUCGUUGGAUCGUGACGAGGGCCUUCAGUACGAUAGCAGUCACCCUUCGCGCACGCAACAGGAACGGCGAACGCUCGUGCGAUAUACUCUUCACCUCUAUCGUGGUGAUAUGAGUAUACCGCCGCUGUCGCGAUACAAAGUCGUCCGUUAAGUGAAACAUUUGUGACAUCGUCCGAGCAUAAUUAAUUAUCGCGCGGAAUAAUUUUAAUACGCGCUUUAUACGCGGUGUUUAAAUACACUCGUCAUUUCAUUCAGCACUUUACAACGUCGUCGUCAUCAAUGGGACACCUCGAUAAGCUGUUUGUUACGCGCUACUGCACGGUGGGCCCACAAGUUCUCUGUAGGUAAUCGCGACUCCCGAGGUCGUAAAGAAGCAGAAGACAGUUUUAUAGCCCAGGCCCACGUGGCCCUCGUAAACUUGACUCGCAGGUCGGAUUCAGGCUCGACCCGCCUGCCGCCGCUCGUCUACCGCCUCUCUCUAUUAGUCCUGAACCCCUCGUUCAUUAUCGAAUCGCUCUGGGACGUGUUUCUCCACAUGUAACAAGUCGUGAUAGCUGUGAAUCGUUCGACGAACAAGGUGUCAGAGGAACCGACCGCGUAUGUCGCGCGAACGUUCUCGUCACGCAACAGAGUCACCGAUGUGAUGAUAUGGGUUUCUAUACUUAAUGAUCGGCGUAUGCGCGUUGUUCAAUCACGUCUCGAUCAAUCGAACGCAACGUCGUUGGUGUUUUCGUUCGUGAAUGACGGAACAUAGACGUGCAAAAGUAUCGGUACAGUGACAGUUGACGAUAGGUGGUAGUUACAAGGUGGAGAGAAUGAGUUCCUAUCAGUUCGUUAGCUCGCUUGCAUCAUGCUACGCGGGUCAACAGCCACAGCAGCAGCCGAGACCGACGCCGAAUUCGCCUGGAGAACCGAUGCAGGCAGCAUCGCCGGCCGGUGGCGACUAUUACAAUCCGAAUGCGGCGUCCACCAGCUAUCCCGCGCCCUGUUACUCACCGCAACAGCAUUAUCCUCAGCAUCCUUAUGCCGCGCCGGCGUCGGGUAUGCAGCAUACAGCACCGACCGGGAUGAUAGACUAUACACAAUUGCAACCGCAACCACGAUUAAAUGCGACCGCGACGUCGCAACAGCACGGUAUGCACGCUCAGCAAACGCAGCAUCAUCCUCAGCAACCGCAUCAUCCUCAGCAACAAUUACACGCGGACCCGACGACACCCCUAUUGCAGGGCGCGUCAGCACCUUCAGCGCCGUCAACGUCCAGUUGUAAAUACGCCGAUUCGACCUCGUCUACCAGCGUGGCGUCCCCGCAAGAUCUGACUACGUCCACUUCGAGAAACAGCCCGACACCUUUACAAGUCGCGCCAGGUACAAGUAAAGCCGCAUCGGGGCUGACUUCACCGCCCGGUAGCUCGUCAAGGUCGUCCGUGGCUGCGUCCGCUGCCUCACCGCCGAGCGGUAGCUCGAGGGGUGUCGGCGAGGGAAAUUCGACGCUUACAACAGCAUCUUCCGCUUCAUCGCCCGCUUCCUCCACAUCCAGCACAUCUAGCACGGGUAACAAUUCGUCCAACAAGGGCAAUCCCUCUGGCAGCAACCCGCCUCAAAUAUAUCCCUGGAUGAAAAGGGUUCAUAUUGGUCAAAGUACGGUGAACGCGAACGGUGAGACGAAACGGCAAAGGACCUCGUACACCAGGUACCAGACCCUGGAGCUGGAGAAGGAGUUCCAUUUCAAUCGCUAUCUGACGAGGCGGCGUCGCAUAGAGAUCGCGCAUGCUCUCUGCCUCACGGAACGUCAGAUUAAGAUCUGGUUCCAGAAUCGGCGUAUGAAGUGGAAGAAGGAGCACAAGAUGGCGAGUAUGAACAUCGUGCCGUACCACAUGUCGCCGUACGGGCACCCUUACCAGUUCGCGCCCCACCCCGGCCAGUUCGCUCACUUGGCCACAUAGGACGAGUUCUCGCCCGCCGAGCUCGGAGCACACGCUGUCCGGUUUCCCGGGAUGUACGGCGAGCAGAACUUCUAAAGGCUUUUUCCGCCUUCUCGGACCCCGCGCCAACGCCUGUCAACGGGGGCCUGAAACCCCUGGCGGGGUCGUCGAAGGGCCUUCACUUCCAGUAGGACACAUGGUGCGUUUCGCCGAUUCCGCAAUGUGCCGAUGGUCGGUAGUAGAUGGAUUGUCGCGCAAGAACGCGAGAGGAGAACACGAUCCUUCCUCUCUCCGUAUAUGUUAAUAAACGUACUUAAAUUAUAUUUCGCGCUUAAUAUUGUAUAAGAAGGAAAAGGAACGAGACUUUUUCGGGAAGGAAGAGGAAUAAUUUCCUUCUCAGGCUGACGAGAAGCAAUCCACUCUCGCUUACCUUCGGCCUAUGCGGACACGCAAGUACUGUACGACUAUUCGAAGUUGAAGGGAAGCCAAAAUUUUCUGCAUACAUAGCGCCGUGCACCCGAGUUAAUAGACUGGACGCGCUCCGAGGGGCUCUCUCUUAACGCACACGAGAUUAUAAAAUAUUCAUACUAAUGCGGAUGAGAGACCGUCUCAGCGGGUGAGAUAAAACCGAAUCUUCUAGUUUAAGAUGUAGAAAUUAGCGGUCUAAGUAAUUAAUUAAUCAAAUAACGAAUUAAUUAAUUAUUUUGUCUGGCUGCGCACUGUUUCACCUAAGAUUAAUAAUUACUGAUGAAAUAUAUUUAUUUAUUGUUCUUUUUUUUUUUUGAUACAUUAUUCUCUCUUGUGUUUAAUCCUUUUCAAACGUGUCCCUAGAAAAAUUAUCUGGAAAAGACUCGAAACAGUUUCAAAGAAAAUAUAGUUUUCUCGCUAAAGUCUCUAUGUAAUAGUUUAUAAGAGACGCCUCUGUUAAUACUUAUAUUCCCCGUCAUUCUCGAAAGGAAAGAUAACCUUUAGAAAUCUAUGAUAGCGUAUAAAUUAUGCUGGUCUAAUGAAAUGUUCUAAAAAAAAAUGAGAAAUAUGCUUUAAGAGAUGCGUGUACUAAGUCUGCAUUAGUAAAAUAAUAACGAGAUGGUUCAUACAGCAUAAUUUACACGUGAUUAAAAUAAUACAAUAUCAUUGUAGUAUUAUAAAAUAACUACAGAAUCAAUAAUUAGAAAUUUCCACAUCUCUCUGUAUUUCUCCCUCUAAUAUUUUUUAUAUUAAAUGCCUAGACAUUCUUUUGCAUAUCCCAUUAAUUUACGUAAUUAUUAUGCAACGCUAGAAAUUAUGAAAAGAAUAGAUAACCAACGUGUUCCAAAUCACGCAAAUUAAUUUCGGGAAUUGAAUUGCGCGCAUAAUAUUUAUUUCUUUUUACAAUCCUGCAAUAUUAUUUUAUUAUAAUGAAACGGUGGGCAGCUACGGCCCAGCAUCUCUCUUUGUACAUAAUUUACAGCAUAAUCUAACCAAUGUCUCCCUGGAGCAGCCACGUUGUUCCUAUAUUGUCGAUAUGUAGGGGAAAUCUCGCGUAGAAUCUAAUAUUCAUUUUUAUUCCACCGCAUCGAGCAUUUUAUCCCGAUUGAUGAACAAAUCAAUUCUACUAUUGUUUCUCGCGCGUCGACUAUAGUGACUUUAAUCUAUAUAGAAACAUAAUUAGUUUCUAUAAUCUACCAUAGUUGAAAUCCGAACUAUUGAAUAAAAAAAAGAAAAAGGGAUAUUUCGCGCAUGGGGUCGAACGGGAUAAAUGACGGCCCGGAUGCGUUGCGAGUGUGUGUCUGACUUUCGAUAUGGUGCAAUGUAUGCGCAUGUAGCGCUGAAUAUCUAACGCAAAUUGUGCAUGCACGUGCCGCCUGGUUACGCGUAUUUAUCGGUACAGGUGCAUGAUCGGAUGUGUGACGGAAGAAAUGUAUUAUUCUACGUCGGAUCGCGCUGAUGAGGAUCCGAUGAUAAGAAAGAUCGAAUAUUGAUUAAUUAAUUAAUCCGGGAAGCGAGCGCAAGUGUGUAAACUAAUUAGCUAGUAUUCGAGUAAUUGAUUAUCUUGUGAUACGACAGAAA